GUAUGUGUGUGAGAGAGAAGUUUCUAUGGCGCCCACUGACCCAAAAUCACUACACACAUGCACGGUCGAGAAAACACGCGCCGCAAUUAACCGACUUCACAUUCUAAUCCACACAUCGGCCAUACUUGCCCUAAUCUACUACAGAUUAUCUCAUCUUCUCUACCACAAAGACUACAUCGCACCUCUCCCAUGGGCCCUCAUGACCACCGCCGAACUUAUAUUCACCUUAAUUUGGAUCUUCACCCAAUCCUUCCGAUGGAGACCGAUCGUUCGCACCGUUUCGCCGCAAAAUCUUCCAGCCGAUGUCACCUGCCUGCCAUCGGUGGACGUAUUCAUUUGUACGGCGGAUCCAACUAAGGAACCAGUGGUGGAAGUGAUGAACACGGUUAUCUCAGCCAUGGCGUUAGAUUAUCCGCCGGAAAAAUUGGGCGUUUACCUAUCUGACGACGGAGGAUCGCCGUUGACGGCGGGUGCGAUUAAGGAAGCGUUUGGAUUUGCUAAAAUUUGGGUACCGUUUUGUAGGAAAUAUAUGAUUAAAACGAGAUGUCCUGAGGCGUUCUUUUCGCCGUUGGAGGAUGAUGAAAGAUUGGUUCGGAAUUGGAAUGAGGAAUUCAAGGCGGAUGAACUUAGAAUUAAGUAUGCAUAUGAAGUGUUCAAGCAAAAUGUUGAGAAGAUGGCCAACCAACUAGAGCAACUUGUCUUUCACGAUCGGCCUGCUCAUAUUGAGAUUAUACAUGAAAAUAAAGUAGAGGAUGAAGAGAAUAAUAACAAUGGGCAAGCUAAGCUGCCACUUCUUGUCUAUUUAUCCCGCGAAAAAAGACCAUCUCAUCCUCAUCGAUUCAAGGCCGGAGCUCUUAAUGCACUCCUCCGAGUUUCGGGGAUAAUGAGCAAUGGACCGUAUGUGCUUGUAUUGGAUUGUGACAUGUAUUGCAAUGAUGCAACUUCAGUCAAGCAAGCAAUGUGUUUCCAUCUUGACGAAAAAAUGUCAUCUUCACUCGCUUUCGUUCAAUACCCGCAAAUAUUUCAUAAUGUUGGCAAGAAUGAUAUCUACGAUGGCCAAGCUAGAUCGGCUUAUAAGACUAAAUGGCAAGGAAUGGAUGGACUUAGAGGCCCUCUUUUCACUGGCACCGGUUACUAUGUCAAGCGCAAGUCAUUGUAUGGUUAUCCUAACCGAGAGGAUGUUUUUCUUCUCGAGGCAGAGAGGAAUUUUGGGUGGUCUUCUAAGUUGAUUGAUUCACUAAAAUGUGGAAACUUAAAGAAACCCAUUAUGGAGGGAAUAUCAUAUGAAACAUUACAAGAAGCCAAGAAGAUGGCUUCAUGCACAUUUGAGGAAGGAACUCAAUGGGGAAACGAGGUUGGGUACUCGUACUAUUGCUUGCUAGAGAGCACGUUUACGGGCUACCUGUUACACUGCAGGGGUUGGAGGUCGGUCUACCUCUACCCGGAGCGUCCUUGUUUCUUAGGGUGUACACCGAUAGACAUGAAGGACGCGUUAGUCCAGCAAAUGAAGUGGAGCUCUGGCCUAUUGCAGGUCGGACUUUCGAAAUUCAGCCCACUCACCUAUGGCUUGUCGAGAAUGUGUGUUUUCCAAAGCACUUGUUAUGCAUACUUCACCUUCAUAAGCACAGGCUCAAUCGCUUUCUUGAUCUACGGAACCGUCCCUCAGUUGUGUUUCCUAAGUGGAAUUCCCGUCUACCCAAAGGUUUCGAGUCCAUGGUUUGCGGUUUUCGUCUUCAUAUACGCGUCGGCUCUCCUACAACACAUGUACGAGGUUAUGUCGUCGGGUGGUUCGAUCAAGUCGUGGUGGAAUGAACAGAGGAUGUGGUUAAUGAGAUUAGCGACGGGUUGCCUGUUUGGAAUGAUCGACUUUCUGAUGAAAUGGCUGGGCUUGGCGAAAACCAAGUUCCUGUUAACAAACAAGGCUGUGGAUAAGGAGAAGCUGGAGAAAUAUGAGAUGGGGAAGUAUAACUUUGAAGGGGCGGAGGUUUUCAUGGUCCCGUUGACGGUGGUGGUGGUUGUGAACAUGGUGGGUUUUAUUGGAGGAAUGAGGAGGCUUGUUUUUUGGGAUGAUGAUGAUUACGGUGGUCUAGAUCAGAUGUUUGGGCAGCUUCUUCUUUCUUCUAUUGGUUUGGUUAUGGGUUAUCCUAUACUUGAAGGGAUCUUAAUAUCCAAUAAUAGGAAGAAGAAGAUGUAAAUUAUUUCCUAUAAUCUAAUGUUAUAGUCAAAUAAAACACCCAAGAGCUUUCUCUUGAGCUCAUUAUAUGGUAUACUUAUGG